AUGGCCCUCCCGGCCGAGAGAAGAAGAUCCCUUGUGUCUGAUCUCGGUGAUAGUAUCAACUUGUCCCUAUCACAGACCCUCCCAAAGGACCCUUUGUUCGUGGUGCCUCCCGGCUUUCACCCAAACGCAAGCUUUGUGGGUAUGAAGGCACAUCUUGAUCAAUUGCACACCAGGCUGUACAAAGCCAAAAAGAGAGCAGAGCGGCUCGUGGCUGUACUCAUCUGCGGAGGCCCUGGGACAGGCAAGUCGCAUCUUGCACGCCAGUAUGUCUGGACUCAUAGAGCCUUCUAUCCUGGCGGAGUCUUCUGGGUCGACGCAAAGUCCCGCCAGUCAACCUACAAAUGCUUCUGGGACAUCGCACAGGCUGCCGCACUCAACGAAGGAGAGGUAUUUGAAUAUCCAGACACCAAUACCUCUCAGAAAUAUGUCGACUCGGUGCGAAACUGGCUGCAAACUCGGGAGGAAUGGCUUCUGGUGUUCGAUGGUGUAAGCUUCGGUCAAGACAGCGAUCUCAACAACUUCAAACAAUUCUUGCCGUUCAAUAAGAUGUGCAGCAUCAUCUACACAUCUGUCGAUAAGACACUGAGGAAAAAGCAGCGCCUGUAUGAGCCGUUUUGCCUCUCAGUCAAGCCUCUAGAGGUCACGGAAGCCUGCAAACUACUCUUCGAAGACCUUGGCAUCAGGAAGCCCACCAAGGGGCAAAUCAAGAAAGCCACCGAGCUUGUUGAGCAUUAUGAAUGCCUUCCUCUGGCAAUACAUGCCAUCAGUCAUCGGCUCGCAGCAACAUCGAAGCCAAUAGAGAGGUACCACAUCAACUCUCAUUUAACCGACGAGAAGCUAGCAGAGCCUUUCCUAAGCAUCAUGCAUGACCUUUAUCGUACGGAGCACUUUGAAGCACUGAACCUGAUCAACCUCGUUUCGUUCUUCAGCCAUCAUGUCCCCGUCGGCCUUAUCACACUCGGAAUCUCCGCACUCAGCAGAUGGAACGUUAAUAUCCUGACAAGCAGUAGAACCGGUGAGAAAGGUGAUAUCGACACGACUCUUGGGGUUCUUAUUAGAUACGGACUGAUUGAGAGGGUGUCGGACGCGUAUGCACUGCACGCGAAAGCUCUCUCGCCACAGCUUGAAAAAGAUAAUAUUCUAGACAUGAAGUCCGUGGCCCCUGACUUAUCAGAGUCGCAGACCGAAAGUAGCCAAGAUGCAUUCUUUUCGGUUUAUCAGAAUUCAGGCGCGGGGACGAUCGAUAUGAUCAAGACCCACAGUGUUGUCCAAGGUUUCUGCAGAGAUGAGCUCAGGAUCAUGGACCGGGAAGAGAAGCGAUGCAAUACACAGGCGGGAACGUCUGACGCUGGUUUCUAUGACUCGUGGAUAGUUGUCGCUGCUCAUGUUCUUUGCACAUCGUACGAAAGUGCAAAGGCCCGAAUGGACCGUAUUGAUGACUGUGGACUCGUCAAAGACUACCGGGAAUAUGAGACUCAUGCUUUCAGGUUGAUCGAAAACUGGCCCAAAAGGACCCAGAACGAGCCUGCAGUACUGUGCGAAGCUCGCAAGAAUCUGAAGCAGGUCAUCAGAAGUAUUGCCACCGAAAUUGAGAGGAUCUCGCCCAGUUCCUCGCAAGAAUCGGUCCGCAAACAGAGAUCAGUCUUUGAUCGAUCAAGCAGCUCUUCGUCGUCAGUGCCUGAAUCAGCAGCCGAGGAGGGACGAUGGGACUGGAGUGACAUGACGCCUCCGAAAGUAGAGUCGCCGCAAGAAAUCCCAGGAUCUCAGCAACGCUUCAACCUCAAGCCAUUUUUGCCCCAUAUCUUCAGGGAAUCCAGCCUAGACAGAGACAAUGGAUACGAGAGUGACAGGGAAAGCACCAAUGCCCCAGUCCGGACCUCACCAGCGCUUUCACAACUGAGUCAUCAAGCAGAGACGCCCAAGUCAUCACUAACGUCCAGUUCUUCGCCGCCUAUUGACGACCAUGGUUGGCACAUGGUGGUAAAGAAGCAUUCGAAAACCAAGAUCAGAAAGGAUGAAAGAUCAGUGCAGCGGCCGAGAUUUCCCCGUAACAUCAAGGGCUCCCAGCUCGCAGCUCCAGUCUUGAAAAUAUUUCCUGUCGAAGGGAGAAGUGCUUCAAGCAGCACGUUGGGUAAAAGUCGGAGAAGCUCUUUUGCAUCCGCGUCGGAGGCACUCACAGCUGUGCAGCACUCCAGUCCUCCCCACUCUCACGAGGAUAUCACAGCCAUCACGAAGCGAGGGACUGGCCGAUCAUCUUUGAGCAAAGAGAAUGCUCCAACCUAUGCUACAGUAGCAGCCAGACAUACUCAGGAUGGAGAGUUGAACUCAAAGAAACGAUCGUCGUCGACACCGGGAGGCAAUAGUAGACCGGCGCUUCUGUCACUGCAGAACAAAUCAUCUGGCGAGUCGCUGCAGAGCCGUUCUAGCAAUGCACAUCCAUCACCACUUUCAGCGGAGUUCAAGCCUGAUCGUAUGACCCAAUCCACCUACAGUGAACCUGAUCAAGGUUACUUGCAACAUCGACUCAAUGCCAUGGAUCUGGGGAUAGCGCAGGAGUCUCAGUACCGGACUCGUCACUUGUCCACUGUACGACCAAUAGCACCUCCGGUUGGGGACAUGUCUGCCAGUACACCAUCUAUUCUGACAUAUAUCCCUCCGCCCCCUCCACUGCCAUUUGAAGGGAACAUCGAGGUUACGGUACCACGACGUGUGGGUGUGGCCCAACCAAGCUCCAUGGGACCAUCACCGAGUCCAGCGAGGCCAGUCGCCCACCCAUCUGCAUUCAUGCCAGGAAUAUCACCUCCGAGCUCUCUGGCUACCGAACCGCUUGUUGGGUAUUCCUCAGAACCCGCUCCGGAGCCGAUGACGCGAAACCAAUCUUCACAGUCACAGCAGUCCUGGUCAACCGAGCCGGUUCGGUAUCCGCCGCGCUUCUCUCCACUCCCAGCUACAACGCCCGCGCAGUCUGUCAUAGCCAGUGGUGUUCCACAUGUUGUGCCGCCUCCGCACACGGUAUCUGGGGCAGGAAGCUGGGUCGCGGACAUACCGCAACAGGGCCAACCACCACCAGCGGUCAGUUCUCGUCAGCCGGAGGUAGCUUACGCUGCACAGGCACAAAUCCGACCCAUCAACACACUGGAUGGCCACGUCGCUGCCAUGGACCCUUUAUGGUCGACAGAGCCCGCUUCGACACUGCAUUUCGGGGCCCAUCGUGUGGAUGUGCGUGACGCCCGGCAGCGGCUGGGUGGGCGUGUUCACUAUCCCGCACAUCUGCCAUCAGCAAUUCCAGGGUAUCCCAUGUACCAUCCGAACUUGUCCGGGCCAUUGAUCCCGCAUGAGAUGGCAAUUCCAGUGGCAGAUUCUCACGGACUGCGAGCGCGGAGCGGCAGCUCACCCCCUCGCCCUGACUUUGACGGAUUUAGCAUGAGUCAAUGA